UUUUUUUCUCUUUACUUAAGCAUCUUGUAUUUGCAGUAAUUCUUACAUUCAUCAACAAAGAAUCCAAUUCAUAAUUACUCAUAUAAUAUUUUUUUUUUCAUUAGCUACGAUAUAGAGAUGACUGCUGCUAAAUAUCCAAUCGUUAGCAAGUUAUACUGUGCCUCCUCUCAGGCAGUGCUUAUUGUUAGGAAAAGGCCUCAGGCAGUGAAUGGCGGAGGGUUUGUUGUCACAGAUUGUAGCCAGAAGGUUGUUUUCAGAGUCGACGGGUGCGGAGUUUUAGGAAAACAAGGAGAGUUAAUUCUUCGCGAUGCCAAUGGUGAUCCUCUGCUCCUUGUUCGCCGAAAGGGAGGAAUUGUUCAAGCGUUGAGCAUUCACGAGAAAUGGAGAGGAUACGGUUUUGAUUAUAAAGGAUCGGAGAAGCCGGUUUUUAGCCUGAAGGAGCCGAAAGAGUCUUGUUUCUUGAGGAACAAGGCAAUCAGAGUCUCUACAGAGCCAUCUAACAAACACUGGGAUUUUGAGAUCAGAGGUUAUUUUCCUGACAGAGACUGCAGUAUUAUUGACUAUUUUGGCAACAUUAUUGCUCAGAUUGGAGUGAAGCAGGAAGUAAACCAGGUUAUGAAAAACAAGGAUCUGUAUCAUGUAGUGGUGAAACCUGGCAUUGAUCAAGCUUUUGUUUUUGGAAUUAUAUCUGUUCUUGAUUACAUCUACGGCGAAUCUACCAGCUGCUGAGGAUUUAUCUAUACACAAACUAAAAAAAUUAAUUACAGAUUAAAUCACAUUAAAAACUUACUCAAUUAGUCCAUUUUUAUUAAUUUUGUUCACUCAUUGGAGUUUAUGUAAGUAUGUAAUUUUCUGUUUAUUUUUGUGUUGAUACUUUGUAAAUUAGAUUAAAUAAAUAAAUA